AUGGCUCAAAAUUCCUUGACCCGUUCAGAGGACUUUGCAGUGCGGAACUGGCUCAAGGCUGCCGAGAACUCGCCCAGUGUCGGUUGGCACGUCCAGGCCCAGAGUGUCAGAGAAGUAUUUGAAGAAGACGUACCGAAAAGCUCGCCAGUGUUAGCCCGGAAAAGACUCUGCCGGGCGUAUCGUGGUUCCCAAGGCGAAUCUGCCGAUUCAGUCACGAAUAUGCACCUUCAAGACCUCACACAGCUAUCAGCAUGCUUCUUUGACAUGCACGUUAUCCUUGGACGAAUCAGCCGCGAUCUCGAGCAUUUCUCGUCAAGAAAGGAUGAGGCAAGCCAACUUAUUCUGGACAACACAGAGCUUCCUGGAAGCGACAUCCUGGCGGCACUGAAAGCCACGAACCCAAUCUUGCGAACCACCAUCACCACCAACACAUCGGACAUCUCUGACUUCAUGGAGAUGCUAUGUGGCAUAAUGCAGACUAUGGAAGGGAAUGAUUGCCCUGAAGCGGCAGGGGCUCCUGAGUUCUGGGCUCCAAUCUCAGAAGGAGAUGCUUGGAAUAUUGCCUUGCCCAGUGACGAUCUCUUCAAAACAGAUGCGUUACAAAAACCCUCCACUCCGCCAAGUCAAGGAUACACGUUGAAGUACCACGGCGACAUCAAGCAUGUUGAUUCCCCGCGUCUUUACGUAUCCCGCCCGUCGAGCGCCCGCAACCCCCGGCCACAGAGUCGCCGCGUAAUACUCGACAACCUACCAGGCGACAUAACCACAUGCCAGGUUCUCCAGAGCAUCAAAUGCUACGGGGGCGUCAUAUCCGCAUUCCUCGCCGACAGUCUGAUCAAAGCGAGCGCCAGGAAAAAGACGGCAGUAAUAGAGUUUGUCUACCCCGAGGCAGCCGCAGACGUCGUUUCUCACCUCCACAAGAACAAAGUUGCGUUUCUCGACCGCAGAGGCGAUGGACAUCAGCCACAGACAUACGUGGUUCCCACGCCAUCUUACUUUUACGCCGAGCUCAACCGCCGCUUGCUCAGCAGAGGCUGCACCCGCGCCCUGAUAAUGCCCAACUUCCCAGAAGGGGCUAUCUGGCACGUCCUCUGCACCAUUGGCACCAGACACAUCAGCACAGUCCGACUAUCGCAAGGCCAUCUAUCCAUGGAGUUUACGUCCCUUUUCGAGGCGAACAGGGCAGAGAGAGAAAUCAGACACGGGAACGCGGCCAUCGGGUACGACGCCGCCGAGCAGGGCAUGUGCUACAUACCCGACUCGUCCCAGGGCAGGAUGCAGGACAACUACGACUCCCACGGGGGCGUCAUCCCCUUCACCGAGCCCGACGUCCUGCGGACAGCGUGGGAUCGGGAGCCGUACAACACACGCCGCGCGCCGCCACCUCACGACACCCCCGGCGGCAAGCUCGCGCUCUCCUCGAAAAGGACGCCGGAGGAAAUCCUCGCAGAGUACUUCUGCAUCGACCCGUCCGAGGUAUGGAGCCAUCUCCAGGACCGCAAGUCCUUCAAAGACACGACGGACCGUAGCAUUGGGGUCGCCGCCAGACUCACCCGUCACAAGUGGAGUUGGAGCAUCACUGCCGAAGACGAACUCAAGCUCAAACUCCUCAUGGCCAACACCCUACACGACCCCGACUGGGCAGACAAAUGGGACGAGUACUUCAGGGCCAGGGACAUGAUCAACCUACGGACCUGGGAGGAAUACGGCAUGUUGGCCAAGCAUCGACGAGAGUGUGCCGAGGCGCAGGGUUUGCCAGAGGGCAUGGUGCCCACUUGCGACGGCUGCUCUUGGGGGUGUGUGAGUUUGAAGAGCGCGCCUGCUCCGAGGCUGGUUCAGGAUUAUUUUUCGGGCCCAUGUGUGGGUGCAGAGGAAGAUUAA